AACAGCUCGGAGUCGUCGACUGUCUCGCGUUCGAGCCAGCGCUCGAGCGGCCGUCUCGCUGUCCAACCAACAAGAUUUGUUACGAAAUUGAGGCAUUUCCUCGCAUCCUAGAAAAUCUCGCAGCUCCGCUCGCAAAUCCAGCUGUCACCCGAUCGCACCGUAUCACCGUGGAAAAACAACCGGGACAAUGCUGAACGAAGCGGCCGCGAUAAAUCCUCCAGAAAAAGCGGAAGACCGCCCGUCAUCCAGCAGUUCGAAAAAAUUCGCGACAUUCACUACCGGAAGCAAAAUUCACAAGAGCAAAAUUCCGACGACUCAGUUCGGCCGAAAUGCUGCGCAGGCCGACUCGGCAAGUCAUCCAACGAAUGAGGAGUCUUCCAGCGGCAUUAGUUCCAAUAACAACUCCGCUCGUCGACCGACCAUGAGGACGUUGUCUGGACCGCCGUCUGGCAGGAAGUCGGCGAGCGCGGCCGCCGCGGAAAAACGCCAGCUAGAGAUCCAGUACAGCUCGAAAAAGACGAGAUACGCGAAUCUCAAGAAAACGCUUGCCGACAAGCAGAAAGUCGCGCAAGAGCUGUACGACGAGAUGUCAAGUCUGCGGGAGAGGAUCAUCUCCGUCGGAGGCAAGGAUCCCGGCAAGCUCGAAGGGCCGAGACCGCUUCAGCCCGACUCUUCCAAGCAGAAUCCACUGACGUCCGUCGACGAGAAUCCACGCGAUUCUGCUGAGCAGCAUUCGCUGAUCUGCAUGGAUGAGUCGGUGGUGAUCGGCGUGUCAACACUGCAGAAUCAGCUGCAGGAUCUCUGCGACCGCUCGCAGGAGCUUUGCCGAAGCGCACUGGACGAGAUCACAUCACUCGUAUCCUUCGUCAAGGGUCGGUUGACGGAGCUGUAUCAGCAGGACAACGCGGAAUCGGCCCCGGUAAAUUCAGAGCAGGCACAGCUAGAACUGACAGUGUUCUCAUUGACGGAGCAAGAUUAUGAGCAGCUGAAGGCGCAGCUGGAGAGACUAAAAUCGACUCAGAACGACUUCCUCGCCGAGUUUGGGAAGAGAUGCUCGACGCUACGCAGCGAGUACGAGAGUUAUCGUGGUCGCGUGAACGAGCCGCCAAAAAGAAUCAGCGAUCGCACGGAUCUGCAGCAGCAGUUGGAUACCGCUCUGGAUGAGCUUAAGGUGGAGCGUGACAGGGUGAAUCAGGGCAGAGAGAGGACAAGGAUGAUGGAAGUGCAAAUGCAAAAGAUGCGGGCGAAGAUUCGCGAGCUGGAGGGCCACGUGGCUAACGAGGAGACGAGGUCGCAACAGCUGCAGAACACUGUCAGGUCCUUGGAGGCGCAGCUGAGACAGAAGGAUCAGACGAUGGAGCAGAGGAUGAGGGACAUGCACAAGGCAAUGAAGAGCAGCGAAGGCCUUGUGGCGAAGAUGGAGAAGCAGCGCGACAGCUUCGAGUCACGGAUGGUGGAGCUCAAAGAAAAGAUGGUCUGUAAAGAGGAUAAAGCGAACGCUACCAUCAAAGAGUUAUCGGAAAAGUUUACAGGGAUCGAUGCAGAGAUCAACGAAGAGAGAGAGAAGAGGAAGCAAGCCGAGAGCGCUUUGGCCGAGAUGGGGGAACGUUGCAAGCAUCUCGAAGAGAAAAGCCAGCUGUUAUGCGACCUCGCGAGCGAGAAGAGCAACAAUCUAACAGUGUCAGAUGACAAUCACACGCAGAACGAGGUCUGUCUGUACAACGACCUGAUGGCAGCCCGGGCCGAACUGGAACGUCAGAAGGAGACGAUCGAGCAGCUCGAGAAAGAGAAGCGGGAGAUUGUCGACGUGAUGCAUCAGGCGGCCGUUAGUUCGCACUACUUUCGGAAAUUACAUUCGUAUAAAGACCAAGAAAUUACUUUUCGAUUCUCUCUUCGCGGUCGCUCUCUAAGCGACCGAUCGAUUCUCGUCACAGUUAUGAGAUUAGGUGUGUUCGCACAAAUCCUUUCCGUUCGCCCGCAGAGUCGCGAUAACGAAGACGAGACGAAGGAUAAGCUAGCCGCCGAACUCGUGGCCAAGACCAAUGAUCUCCAGAACCUGAUGCUGGAGCACGCUCAGCUCCAGAAGAUCGCCCGAUUCGUACAAGAGAGAAACGAAGUGCUGGAGCAACAGUUAUCCGAGAUUCAGCGUCGCCUCCACGCGAAGUCGAAGGAAAGUGGCAGCAAGAACGGGUUCGACGAAAGCGAGCUUCAGCAACAGAUCAGCGAUCUGCGGAGCAGUCUAGCGGAAGUGAUACGGCAGAACCAGGAGAUGGAGACCGCCCUGACUCAGAAACGGCUGGAGCUGGAGCAACGCGACCGGGUGAUGCGAGAGCAGAGCAAGUUCCUCAAAGUCAGGGACGACUUACUGAGCCUCCUCAAGGGAAAACAGCAGGAUAGCGCGGACAAUCCCACUAAUGAAAGUUACGAGGACGACGAGAUCAGCAAGCAGAUCGCGGCGAAGUCGGAAGCGAUCCAAGAGCUGUACGCCACGCUGGAGGGCAAACAGAUGCAGGUGCUGCGACUGGAGAAGCUGGUGAAGCUGCUCGAGGACCAGCAGGAUCGGGCACAGGCGCAGCGCACGCGACUCGAGCAUCGCAUCGCCCAGCUGGAGGUGAGCCUGCAGGAGAAGAGCAAGAACGGAAGCAACCGGUACGUCGUGAGGAAAUGCUUCUCGCCGCGUACACUUCGGUCUCGCGUUGCCGACUACGCACCGUCACGUGCGUUCUCCACGUCGUUCUGUCUUGGUACCGCUGCGGAUUCAUGCGGAGCGUUGGAACCGUCGCGGUAUCGCACGAGUAGUCCAAGUCCACCGCCGAGGAGAUUUCACGUUAACAAUCGAUACCCGCUCUGCUCCGGUGGAGAAGAGGCUUUCGUCUGCGAGCGAUGUCGGGGCGAGAUCGACGGCAGAUUCACGGACGCGAUCGGUCACGUCCAGAGAGAUCCACGGGACUCUAUCCGUGAGAAUCUUUAUGGUUGGCUAAUGGGUACCGCGGCUUUGGGAGCUUUCGGCGAGCCCACGAGAGCUUUAAAUAGGUUUUGCGAUAGAUCCAGCUCGUCCGACGAGGACACGGAUUGCUUCGUCGGGAUUGUUAAUCCUCUCGUGGAUCUUCAGAAUUGUAGUAGAGAGUCGCGACAUCGUUGCGAACGACACUGCCGUCGGUACCGUAGUCGCUCCUCGAGACGAUCUUUUCGCGGCGCAUCUCCUCGGCAACGCAAUCCGAUUAUUCAUAUAAAGUAGAUUAAUUUCUCUGAUUGGAUUCUUAUUAAAUAUCCAUUUAACUCCUAAGAAACAAGCGUAUCGAUUGCAUUAAAAUAAUUUAUUUCUCCUCUAAAACGCAAAUUUAUUCAGAAACAAAAAUAUUGCAAUGCAAUUAUAUCUAGUAAUAGUUACAUUAGUUUAAUCUAUUUUGUACAAUUUAUUUACAAAAGUGUAACGAUAAUUAAAUUUUAAGUUACGUUGACAUUAUAACGUAAAUAAUCAUUGUUUCUAAUAAAUCGGUCGUUGACGUUGUCAUUAGAGAUAUACACAAUAAACAGUCACACUCAUUAACGCACUCAAGAUAGAUUUUUCUCAAAUUAACAUCUGCAUAUCUUCUUCAUCUCGUAACAAAAUUAAAAAAACAAUCUUAUCUCGAGUGUGUUAACACAGUCUAGUAGGCUAGGUACUCCCUGCUGCAUUGUAUUGGUGUUCAACCUGAUAACGGAGUUUCUUACAGGAGUGCCUAGCCUUACGAACAGACCGAUCCUUCAAUCCCUUCAUGCUUUUGAUAAUCUUUCUUCCUUUGUGUUCUAGGAGUAGAACCUUCGGCAUCCUGUAAGAAACUUCGUAAUACGUCGGCAAACAGUCAAUAAGUAUCAACCCGCAACUCACACGCACGUCGGAUUAAUAAAUUGUCUCAAAUCACUGUACGUUUGAUCUGCCUGAAGGCAUGCUCAAAAUUAUAUGUAAAACGUCAUAAUUAUAUGUCAAAGUUUGUACAAUUAUAUUAUAUAUUUCGAGGCCUUUAGCGAAACAUAUUUGUAAUCGCGCCGUUUGUAGAUUCCGUUUAUAUUUUGUAUACAUUAUAUUUAUUUUAUUAAUAAAAAUAAUCACAUUUUAAACACGU